AUGGCCGAUACAAAGAAAUUUGAUGCGAAAAAAUUUCUAAUCGAUUUAGCAUCAGGUGGAACGGCUGCAGCCGUUUCGAAAACUGCUGUCGCACCAAUCGAAAGAGUUAAAUUACUUUUACAGGUGCAACAUGCGUCGGCAACAAUAAGCGCAGAAAAACGUUAUAAGGGUAUAUUUGAUGUUCUUAUUCGAGUGCCUAAAGAACAAGGCUUCUUAUCGCUAUGGCGUGGCAACUUUGCAAAUGUUAUUCGAUAUUUUCCAACGCAAGCAUUGAAUUUCGCCUUCAAAGAUACCUAUAAGAAGUGGUUUGUUGCUGGGAUUGAUAAAGAUAAGCAAUUCUGGAGAUUCUUUGGUGGUAAUCUGUUGUCUGGUGGCGCGGCCGGUGCAACAUCAUUAUGUUUCGUAUAUCCUCUAGAUUUUGCUCGGACAAGACUUGCAGUAGAUGUUGGAAAGGGAGCUGGGCGAGAAUUCAAAGGCUUAUCAGAUUGUCUUAUUAAAGUCUUUAAGUCUGAUGGUCCAAUUGGCUUAUAUCGAGGGUUCUUUGUCUCUGUUCAAGGAAUCAUCAUCUACCGUGCAGCCUAUUUUGGUCUAUUUGAUACGAUUAAGAUUUUUUUCUCUAGCGAAAAGAAGCUCAAUUUCUUCGCUGCUUGGGCUAUUGCGCAGGUAGUCACUGUUGGAUCUGGUAUAUUGUCAUAUCCUUGGGAUACUGUCCGGCGACGUAUGAUGAUGCAGUCAGGUCGAAAAGAUAUCCUGUACAAAAAUACAUGGGACUGCGCAAUGAAAAUCAUUAAAAAUGAAGGAGCUCCAGCUUUAUUCAAAGGAGCCCUUUCGAAUAUCUUUCGUGGUACCGGCGGUGCAUUAGUUUUGGCCAUAUACGAUGAAAUCCAGAAAUUCCUUUAA